AUGACGUCUCUAUACCAACGGGCAGGCAAAACUGCCCCGCGGUUUUUACAAGAUUUAAACCUAUAUGAUCCCCAGAAUCCUCCAGCGUCAGGCCGUAACUUGCUUUCGGAUACCCCUCCUAUAUUCCAAGAGGGAGACACUGGCCCUCUAGAAUGGUUGUCACCUACAGCCUGCAAUCAUACCUACACCCUUAAACCGAAUCAGACAUAUGUUCUUCCUUCCGAACAGAGACGGGGCCGCGGGGCAGUUUCGACUGUGUCUGCCGUUUGUUCAAAAUGCCGCUGUCAUCUCCAGGUUAAGGUGUCGUAUCCCGGGAAUGCAGGGCCUACGUCAAACCAUCUACAUCAUCUUGUCUACCAAUCUGGCACUCGGAGGACAACGCCAAAGGGCCAACACGUGGAAAGCUACUACUAUGGCUGCUCAUAUCCGAUGUGCGGCACCUCCGUGUCGGUGGGCGUGAUGUCCUCUGUGCUGCACCCAGAGCACGUACAACUUUUGACUGACUUGGAACUGGUCAAUAAACGCGCAGAUGAGGCGAUUGCGGCUCACCCUGAACGCUUGGAAGGGAUUGCUCGACCUCAUCCUUUCACCGUUCUGUCGAAUCUAUCCGCUUAUCUAAACAAUGCUCUUCACGAUUCCGAGCGCAGCAAACCUAUUUCUGCUAUUAAUAAACGAUUUGUUGUCUGCUUUGGUGUCGAUGGGCAGCCCUGCAAAGACCUGUUGACGUAUUUGGCCUUUUCUCCUAAUGAGGGCUUUUGGAAUCCUCCCACACCGGACACUUCUGCUGAACAGCCUUAUCGAGACGAGUUGAAUAUCUUUCUCGACAACACCAUUCAUGAACUCUCGGUAUUGAUACAGCAACGACCAUCAUCAGAAAAGAAGACGCCAUAUUCUUUGGAACCGCUUGCUCCGGCCAGAAACGAACUGUUUGAUGCCCUCGAAGCUAGUAACUAUUCGAAAGCAACUCGCUUUAUCGAAUUUCAAAUGCCUGGACAGCCUUGCUAUGAGGAUCUUGGCGCGCUGGAAGAUAUGUCCUCGGACCUUAUUAUCGAAGCAUACCAACGUCAAGUUGCAGUUGACCCAGCAAAGGGCCCACAUUACCUACAGUGCUUGAAACUCAUUGCUCAGCUGAGAGGAGGGCCUGAUGGGUAUACGAUCAAUGAGUCUGUUAUGAUGGCGUAUAGCAAAGGCGCUUACACAAUAGAGGAUCUCCACAAUGCUUACCGAUACUUCAGCCUCAACCCAGACGACCCGACUCUCACAGAAGAGCUGAUAGUGGGAAGCUUUUAUUCAUACAUCAGUUCAAGCACGCAAGAGACCGAAGCCCGGCAACAGCUUUUCCGAAUAGGCGAUGCAAGGAGAAGUGAGCGCAUCAAAUCCGUCGCCGAAGACAGGGUCUCUACUGCCGAGCAAGCCCAAGUGUUUCUCGGCGUAGAAGAAAAUACGCCAGAUGACUUUGUCAUAACGAUGUAUACCACCAAGAUCAAUGAUAGUCCUAGUAGCAAAGGAAUUGCCCAGAAGGCCUUGUCACUUAUUGCAGAAGCGCGCAAUUCGGAGGGCUUGAGGCAUUUCAUUACGACAGGUGAGAGCGGAGUGGGAGAAAUGGACGUUGGCGACGCCUACCGACUUCUUCAAAUCCCUGAUAGAACAGUUGGUGAUGAUGCUAUCAUUGCAGCCUAUACUAUCUGCGUUGAUGAAGCACCAGCUCAAGUGGAAACAUACUCUCGCGCUUUAGCAAUCAUUGCAAAGGAGAAGGACAGCCCGAUGCUAAGCAGCUUUGUAUCGGACUCCGUUGCGCAAAGUGAUCGUAACUUAGCUGAAUGGCCUGUUGGCCUUCAGAACAUAGGCAAUACCUGCUACCUCAACAGUCUACUUCAGUUCUACUUCACUGUCAAACCAUUCCGCGGGAUGGUUCUGGAGUUCGAAGACGCCAAAACCGAUUUGAGCGAAGACUCCCUGCGCAAAAAGAAGGUUGGGUCUCGUAAAGUUUCAAAGUUUGAAAUUGAACGUUCCCAGAAAUUCUUGCGAGAACUUCGCACCCUUUUCCAAAACAUGAUAACAACCCCUCGAGCUUCUGUGCGACCCGAGCAAGAGUUGGCUAGAUUGACUUUGAUCAGCUCAACCAACGAGGCUGAGAUUCGCCGAAGGUCCACUGUUUCUGGACUGAGACCGUCUCUUCUCGGUGAAAUCAAUGGAAUGCCUGUCGCGGGACCACUAGGACCACCUCAACCGGCAGAAGCAAAUUCUAGUGAUAAUAUCCCGACUGAAAAUAUUAUUUCCGCCGAAGACACUCAAGUUAAAGACCCGGUUGCUAGUGACAUUGAUAGCGAAGCGACUCUCGUUUCCGAACCUACACAUGUCAAGGAGGACCAAGCUGGCAGCGUCCAGCAGACGAUAGAGGAAUCGGACAAUCAGAAUCCGCCAAAUGAUGUCUCCCAGCCUGCAGAGAAUGUAGAACCGCCAAAUAGACCGCCUCCAGUGCCCCCACGCCCUGCAGAAGCCCAACGGAGCAAACAGCUCAUUGAAGAGGUGGAACUUGGGGCUCAGCAAGACGUGACAGAAGUCAUCAACAAUGUCCUUUUUCAAAGUGAAUGUGCGAUAAAGCCGAGGACCCUUGAAUCUGAUGGCGAACAAGUUGACAUAGUCAAAGACUUGUUUUAUGGUAAAACCAAGUCCUAUAUAACGGCAAAAGAUGAGAUUAGGUCAAAAGAAGAGUUCUGGUCAGAUAUCAAGAUUGAUGUCGCAACAGGCUCUCGCGACAUCUACUCGGCUAUUGACGGGGCAUUUGACAUCCAGGACGUCUUGGUUGAUGAUGCCAUAGCAGAGCAAUUUGGCUCGAUUAGUAAAUUACCGCCGAUACUGCAAAUUCAGGUGCAGCGGGUCCAGUUUGACCCUGUCAAGAAGGUAUCCUUCAAAUCGACGCAUCAUCUGGAUCUAAAAGAAACCAUCUAUCUCGACCGAUACAUGGACACACAGAAAGAGGAAAUAAUCAACCGACGCAGGGAUUGCUGGGGCUGGAAGAAAAAGCUCAAAUCGUUAGAUGUGCGAAAAGCAGAGUUGCUGCGUUUGAAUGAGACCGAUGGGCAAAACAUGCCAACACUGUUCAAGAACACGUCGCAACUUUUGGAAGACCUUUCCUCGUUGAACGAGCAAGAUCAAGAUGGAAACAACUCUGUUGACAUCAACGCGCACCUCGCAAGUGAAUUGGAGCAAUUUUCGCAGAUCACGCAAACAGAGUUAGCCUAUAUUGAGCAAGAAACCAACGAUACACAGACAAUGAUUUCGAGUCAAUUUAGUGACUACAAGCGUCUCGCAUAUCGACUCUAUGCAGUCUUCAUGCAUCAGGGCUCUGUGGAGUUUGGCCAUUAUUACAUUUACAUUUACGAUUUCGACAAGGAGGUUUGGCGCAAAUACAACGACAAUGAAAUCACCGAAGUCCAGGACACGAGCGAGAUUUUUGGAAAAUCGGAACGAAACUCGGAGCGAGCCAACCCUCCGACACCGUAUUUCCUAGUUUAUGUGAAUGCAGCCAUGAAAAACAGGCUGGUGGAACCAGUUUGCCGCGAGAUCGAGCCCGAGCCGUCUACGGUCAAUGUUUCAGUUGGACCCAACACGGAGGGAGCCAUGGACGUGGACACGAAACCCUUGUCUUAUGAAGAAGUCUGGACCGAGAAUGGUACCCCAGGUACGCAAACCAACUCUUUUUCAGAUAUCUCCGCUCUUCCAAGUCAAAACUACGAUUUGUAUGGCAAGAGACCCGUCGUUCAAGCUGACCAGUUGGCUCCGAGUUUCUGGUAG